UAAUUAUACAUUAUAUAUCAUAUCUAUAUAAUGUUAUAAUAUACAAUCAAACAAUAAAUUAGAAGGAAGUACCAUGCAACCAAACUUCCAUACGUCUCCCGUGAACUAAAAGUACAUUACUAUGCAAAUAUCUAAUAUAAGUUAACUCUAUAUCAAUAUAUUAAAAACAUAAAUCCUUAAAUUAAGAAAAAAUAUGGGGUGAUUUCAUUGAUAUUCAUCCACCGACCGACCGACGUAAAAGAAAAUGGGUUCACUCUGCAACUUAAGAAAUAGUAAACGUCCUUUGCCAUAAUUUAAAAAACUAAUGAAAUCUUUAACAGCGUGUGACCUCCGCGUUGGCCUGGACCCUCUACUUCACACACUAUAAAGUCCCACUCAUCACAACAAUAUUCAUCACACAGCUCUUGAAAACCAUCUUAAAGCAACUCAAAGCUCAAAUCGAAAUUUCUAGUUUCUCUUUAUCAUUCACGCUAAGUGUUCAAUCGAAUCAAGAUUAAGUAUGGCAGAAGAGUACAAGAACACCGUUCCAGAGCAGGAGACCCCUAAGGUUGCAACAGAGGAAUCAUCGGCGCCAGAGAUUAAGGAGCGGGGAAUGUUCGAUUUCUUGAAGAAAAAGGAGGAAGUUAAACCUCAAGAAACGACGACUCUCGCGUCUGAGUUUGAGCACAAGACUCAGAUCUCUGAACCAGAGUCGUUUGUGGCCAAGCACGAAGAAGAGGAACAUAAGCCUACUCUUCUCGAGCAGCUUCACCAGAAGCACGAGGAGGAAGAAGAAAACAAGCCAAGUCUCCUCGACAAACUCCACCGAUCCAACAGCUCUUCUUCCUCUUCGAGUGAUGAAGAAGGUGAAGACGGUGAGAAGAAGAAGAAGGAGAAAAAGAAGAAGAUUGUUGAAGGAGAUCAUGUGAAAACAGUGGAAGAAGAGAAUCAAGGAGUAAUGGACAGGAUUAAGGAGAAGUUUCCACUCGGAGAGAAACCAGGGGGUGAUGAUGUACCAGUCGUCACCACCAUGCCAGCACCACAUUCGGUAGAGGAUCACAAACCAGAGGAAGAAGAGAAGAAAGGGUUUAUGGAUAAGAUCAAGGAGAAGCUUCCAGGCCACAGCAAGAAACCAGAGGAUUCACAAGUCGUCAACACCACACCGCUGGUUGAAACAGCAACACCGAUUGCUGACAUCCCGGAGGAGAAGAAGGGAUUUAUGGACAAGAUCAAAGAGAAGCUUCCAGGUUAUCACGCCAAGACCACUGGAGAGGAAGAGAAGAAAGAAAAAGUGUCUGAUUAAGAGAAAAAUAUGAUAAGAGUGAAUAAUAAUGAUGUGGGAGUGGGACUUAUGUUGUUUUUUGUUUUUUGUUGAUCAUUGUCUCUUUUAUUUUGUCUUUCUAGCUGUUCUCCAAGUUUGUGUUUAGAGUUAGAUCAUUUGUGUCUAAAAUCUAUAAAAUUAUUUUAUCUAUGGGGAAACACUUGUUUACUCAAUGGAGCUUCAAUGGAUAAAUUCUCAUGAAAAGUUUUUAUGUAAAGAAAAUCAGAAAUUUUGAUGAAAAAAGCAUGCAAGAGUUAGAUUAAAUAUAUGGUGAUUCAAUAAUUUCACCUGAAAUUAGUCCGUUCCGCCACAAG